UAUCACAAAAUUCUGCAAGCUCUCCUCUCGGCACUCCCAAGGAAGCUGCAGAUACCUCCCUAGGAAUUCGUGGCGGUAGCCUGACGGUGCUAAGCAAAGCUUUCCUCCCAGCUAGAUCGGUCGAAGAGCCUGCAGCGUGCAAGGCAGAGAUACUCGGUCGUGAGUCUUUCUGUGAAAAGGUGUCCUAUCGUCCGUCCUUAGCAUUUUGCGACAGAGAUAACGCGAGCUGUAGUACUUGAAGCCUCCUAGCUAUUUCAUCAGGCACCGUACCACGAGCUUUAGUUAGCUUCCUAAGCCAGAAUCUACGUUCUCUUAGUAGGAAAUCGGAAGGACCUUUGCAAAAAGUCCUUCCCGCAUUUAGUUACAGAACCUAAGAAGCUUACCUUGCUGUGCUUCCUGUUUUCUCGUUGAAACACGACCUUGGAUACUUGAAUAUAACUUUCUGUCCUUGGAACCUCGCCGCCAUGGGUACUAACGGAACUGACGGGGUCGAUUUAGGUACCGAUUAUAGCAAUGCGGGACCCCCUCAGCCAGUAAGAGUGCGGGGAAUAAAGCUCUUCUUCCAGCAGUUUAAAGCCCUCAUGAUUAAGAACGCGCUGUUAGCAUGGCGGAACCGAACCGCGACCUUCCUGCAGCUCUGCUCGUCCUUCUUCUUCAUCCUCCUAGUCUUCAUCGUGGACGUGUCCAUAAAAGCCGCGUUGACUAACUACACGGAGUUCCGCGACACGGCGACUCCUAAGGUGGUGGAGGUUCAGCCAAUCAUGGCGUGCCAGAACGCGAUGAACAUAGUAAAGCCGUGCUACGACUUUUUGUGGAGCGGUAACAACAGCAGGAUCAUCACAUCGCUCGUUCAGAACAUCUCGGCGAACAAUCCUGGCCGUCCGAUCCCGCCAUCCAGUAUCAUCGGAUUCGCGAACCCAAGUGACGUGGAUACCUGGCUGCUGGCCAAUCCGAUGCGGACACCUGGCGCGCUGCACUUCGCGUUCACGGAGAAGGGCGACCUCGGGUUCGCCGUGCAGACGAACUCGACGGCCAAGUUGCACCGCGGGACGUUCGAGAAUCCCACGUUCGACCACCAGGUGCCGCUGCAGGCGGCGGCUGAGAGGGAGAUCGCCCGAUACAUCGCGCAAGACUGGACCCUGGGCUGGCAGCCGAGCUACUCGGAGUUCGCCCAUCCGCCCUACCAGUCGCUCUCCGCCAUGCCUCUAGCCGGCCCCACCUUCCUCUUCGCAGCCGCCAUGUUCAACUUCGUCACUCAGGCUGCCAACCUAGUCCUCGAGCGCGAGCUAAAACUCCGCCAAGCCAUGGCCACCAUGGGGCUGAUGGACUCGGUGUUCUGGAGCACGUGGCUGGUGUGGGAGCUGCUGGUGGCGCUGGUGACGUGCGUUCUCCUCAUCUGCUUCGGCAUGAUGUUUCAGUUCGCCUUCUUCCUUAAAAACAGCUUCGUGGUGCUCUUCCUCGUCUUCUUCCUCUUCUGGGUGGCCAUGACCGGGCUCGCCUUCCUCGUCUCCACCUUCAUGCGGAAAUCCGCCAACGCGAACACGACCGGGUUCUUCAUCUUUAUAAUCGGAUUCGUUUUGCAGCUGAUGGUGCUGUCUGGGUUCCCCUACACGUCGGAUUUCUCCAACGGGUACCGGAUUCUGUUCAGCCUUUUUCCCCCCGAUCUGCUCACGCUGUCGCUCAAGUACCUGAGCGACGCCACUAAGCUGCCGCAGAACCCGGGGGUUUCGCUGGGGGAGAUCAACAAGUGCACCCUCGGCAAUGCAGGCUGCACCAACACCCUGGCGAGCGUGUACCUGUGGCUGAUCGGCGACUUCGUGAUCUUCUUCCUCCUCGCCAUCUACUUUGACAAUGUGCUGCCAGACGCCAAUGGCAUUCGCAAGCCCAUCCUCUUCUUCCUCUAUCCCUCCUUCUGGACUGGCAAGGCUUCAUUCGCCCAUCACAGCGGCACUCCCAAGGGCGACGCGGGGCUGGAGAAGGUUGGGGAGGACGACGAGGAUGUGAGGGAGGAGGAGGAGCGAGUGAGGGGGCAGGCGGAGCGAGGGGAGGUGGAUGCUGACAUGGCGGUGUCUGUGCGGGGGCUGGUGAAGACGUUCCCCAAGAAGUUGAAGAGGAAGGGGUUGUGCUGCAAGAUGAUGCCGCCCUUCCAUGCCAUCAAGGGCACGUGGUUCAAUGUGGAAAAGGACAAGCUCUUCUGCCUGCUGGGCCCCAACGGAGCGGGCAAGAGCACUACCAUCCAUUGCCUUACCGGCAUUCUGCCCACCACCGCUGGCGAUGGGCUCAUAUACGGCCACUCCAUCCGCGACCCUGGCAGCAUGGCGUCGAUUCGAGCCAUUAUGGGCGUGUGCCCGCAGUUUGACAUCCUGUGGCGCUGCCUCACCAGCCAGGAGCACCUCUUCCUCUUCGCCCGGAUCAAGGGGCUCCUGCCCUCCCAGAUCCCUAAGGAGUGCGCAAUGCUCCUAGAGGAGGUCAAGUUAACCAACGUCACGCGCAUGCGCACCAGCGGGUACAGCGGCGGCAUGAAGCGGCGCCUGUCAGUGGCCAUCGCGCUCAUUGGGGACCCCAAGAUUGUCUUCCUGGACGAGCCCACGACCGGCAUGGACCCCGUGUCGCGGCGCCACGUGUGGGACAUCAUCGAGCGUGCCAAGCGCGGCCGCGCCAUCGUGCUCACAACGCACUCCAUGGAGGAGGCUGACAUUCUGGGGGACAGGAUCGCCAUCAUGGCCAAGGGCCGGAUGCGGUGCAUCGGGACGUCGAUUCACCUCAAGAACCGGUUCGGCGCCGGAUUCGUGGUGACGGUGGGCGUGCGCCGUCCGGCGAGAGUGACCAAUGCUGGUGCUCCUGCUGAUUCGGCGGCUGAGACCUCGAGCGGGUCGUCGCCGCUGUCGUCCUCUGUUGUUUCACCUGAAGGGACACCUGGGGAGAACGUGGAGGCAGUGAAGGCGUUUUUCUAUGACCGCCUGGGCGUGCAGCCAGUGGACGAGUCCCAAGGCUAUGUGACCUUCCUGGUGCCCCGCAGCAAGGAAACCAUGCUCACGACGUUCUUCCGGGAGCUCAAGGAGAAGAAGAGAGCACUGGGAGUCGUGGACACCCACCUGUCGCUGUCGACCCUGGAGGAGGUGUUUCUCAACAUCGCGAAGAAGGCAGAGCUGGAGACGGCUCAGGUGGAGGAGCGAUUUGAGGCCAUCACCCUGCCAGAUGGCCGCAUUGUUCAGGUUCCGAUUGGUGCAGAGUGUGUAGCCAUCCCUUCAGCAGCUGCCUCUAAUGAGGGGGUUGAGGACAUUGACGGGGAAGCAGCACCCAUGGUGGUGGAUAUCACGUGGCAUCAGGACGAUCUAGGCUGUCUGCGCAUCACUACUUACUCCGACCCUAGACCGGCAGAAUCAGGGGAGCUGAAUGUGGCCAAGGGCUUCUGAUUGCCUGUCACAGUUAAUUAUCUAUACCAUGAAUGAGGGGGGGGUGUGAGGACAUGGAUGCGGGAGCAGCACCCAUGGUGGUGGAUAUCACAUGGCAUCAAGACGGCCUGGGGUGCCUGGGUGGGAGGAGCGACAGCAUGGGGUGUGGAAAAACAGCAUCCAUUUUGGUGCAAGUCAGAUGGCUCCAGGUAAUCUUUAAGAUCGACCUUGGAUUCUUGCCUGCACAUUGCCUCUUACUCUGACCCUAAACAGGCUGAGUCUGGGGGGUUGAUUGAGCACAUUUAUGCAGGGGAGGAACAGAACCCCUGUGGUACGUAGUGUAGAUGCUUCUAACUUGUGUAAUUAGUCUGGUAUGGACAUCACUGUACACAUCAUGGAAGAGUUUUUUCAGUGAAAGGAAGCAAGCACAUAGAAUCUUCC